UCCCCCUGCCCCUAUUCCCUUCCCACUUUCCUUCUUCAACAAUCAACAACAUCCUGAAGCUCCACUUCCACUGGCUCAUCUGAUCUCUCAAUCUUGAGCUUUAUCAAGAUGGAUUCACCCCUAACCUCCCUCGCGAGCUCAGCUGCCGAUCCGAAAUCCACCAUUGAGAUCACGGAUUCAAAGAAACCAGAUGUUACAGGUUCAGACUCUAAGAGGAAAGUCGUAGACGAAAAUACGGAUCCCAAAGAGACCGAGUCAGCAAAGAAACCGAACAUGAUAACAGAUAUGCUUCUGAAGAGCAGCGCAGUCAAAGUCGUUGUACCUUUAUCGAGGGACUCUCCCCAGAAGAAAUUGCCUACCUCUUUCAAGGACUCGCCCCCUACGAAGAAAAAAUCCACCUCAACCUCUGUCUCAGCGUCAAAGCCCAAAAAACCUCUCCCCAAACGUGCUCGCCAAGUUUCGUCCGAUGAAGAUAGUGACUUUUCAGAUCCACCGUCUGAUGAUGAUGUGGCGGCGAUCUCUCCUCCUCCAAAGCGUUCUACAGCUAAAUCUAGUAAUACCUUAAGCAAUUUUAUCAAAAAAGAUCUGACUAAAAUCCCCAAACCGAAACCUACCAAGAUCGGAGGUCCAUCCAAACGAGAAAAAGAAACGAUCGACGAGACAAAACUAGCCCCGUUAACCGAAAUUCCGGACAUGUUCCUCGAUAUGGUUAAGAAUCGUCCGGAGUUUAAGGAGACGAUCGAUCACCUAGGAGGUCGGCACUUACGUGUGGCUACCAUGUGCUCUGGAACCGAAUCUCCCUUGCUGGCUUUGGGGCUUAUCGCCAAAUCUGUCAAACAACUCUGGGGCAAGGAUUUCAGGGUCCAGCACGUAUUCUCAUGCGAAAUCGAACCCUUCAAGCAAGCCUACAUCGAGCGCAACUUUCAACCUCCGAUCCUAUUCCGAGAUGUCUGUGAACUGGGAGAAGAUGAAGCUACAACCGCUUAUGGUGCGAAGGUCCCCGUGCCAACUGACGUUGACAUGUUAGUGGCGGGUACCAGCUGCGUGGAUUAUUCGGGUCUGAACAAUCAGAAGAAGACCAUAGAUGCAGGCGGAGAAUCCGGUCGAACUUUUCAUGGAAUGCUUAAAUGGGUCGAAAACUCUCGCCCACCAAUCAUCAUCCUAGAAAACGUUUGCAACGCGCCUUGGCCGAAAGUCAAAGAAAAAUUUGAAUCUAUCGGUUAUGACGCCGAGUUCUCCAGAUUUGAUACGAAGCAUUAUUACAUUCCACAUACGCGAACUCGAGUAUAUUUGAUUGCAACACCAAAGAAGUUGCGGAUAACCAAGCAGCCUAACGUUCCUGGUGCCUGGCUCACACUAGUCUCUCAAAUGGCUCGUCCUGCAUCCGCCCCGCUAGAAGCCUUCAUGUUUCAUCAAGAUGACCCCUUGGUUCACCGCGCUCGGCAAGAACUGGCGUUUAUCAAAGCUAACAAAGAUGGUCAGGGUCGCCAGGCAACCGAUUGGACUCGUUGCGAAAGCCGACACGCUCGGCAAAGAGCUGAGGAACUACUCGGAGAUAAGCGACCGCUGACAGCUUGGCAGGAUGGUCCAGUAUGCAAGGUCAUCGAUGGAGGUUGGAACGACUGGGCAAAUGCUCAAACAGAACGAGUGGUCGAUCUAAUGGAUAUCAAUACCUUGAGACAAGUUAAAGACGGCGUCGAUGUAUUGUAUAAAACUCUAAUCUGGAAUUUAAGUCAGAACGUCGAUCGGAUGACCGGUAGUGGGAAAUUUGGCUUAACUCCUUGCCUGACUCCCAACAUGAUCGCCUACGUUACCAACCGUGGCGGCCCACUCAUCGGCCGAGAAGCCUUAUCCUUGCAAGGUAUCCCGCUCUCGGGGCUUUUACUGACGAAAGAAACCGAGGAUCAACUAGCCGAUCUAGCGGGUAAUGCGAUGAGUACUACUGUUGUUGCUUCUGCAAUGAUGGCAGCACUGAUCUUGACAAUCCCGCGCACCGAGAAGACCGAUAAAUCGGACGAUGUAGAGAUGGAAGAUGUCUCUCAGAUUAAUCCAGAGGACUGUAUUACAGGGAAUGAAGAUCUCAGCACCUAUCCACUAGACCUUUCGAAAACCUGUCCAAUCAAGCCCGACUUUUUUGGCAGAGCAACAGCCAGUGCUCGCCUUUGUAUCUGCGAAGGCCGGUCAGGAACUGCGUCGGCAAAGAUCCAGUGCUGUCAAACUUGUGGUUAUACUUCCUGUCAAACAUGUGGCGGUCGUCCAUCUCAUAAUUAUCAAGUUCGUGACUCGGAACGCUUGAGUCCUGGUGUAUUCGAGCGCGAAUUGAAGGAAAUUUUACCCAUGAGGUUGUCUAUAGAUGGCCUCAAUCAAGAUUUGUUUUCUCAACUUAUUGCUGAAGCCGCUCGACUUGAAGUGGAGAUUAACAUGAAGGACUGGGAACUCAUCACUGAGGCCGCUCUAGCAGCAACAACCAACGUAGAGUUUCACUUCACCUCUCUCAAACGACAAGCAAUAUGGGUGGCCACUUUUGAUGCACCUCGGGCCGCGCUGGAAUUACGAUUAGAUCCCUUGCUUCCCGAAUGGAGACUAACGAUCAAGCCGGAUAAGACAUUGCCAAUCAAAAGUCCUCGUCGACUUGUUCUAAACACGCCCGUUGCCCGAAUGAGGAUUUCACGAGAUGUAGCCGACUUGAUUUCUGGUAGAUGGCAAUUCCGAUUGCCCAUUGAUAAAUCAUUCGAUCUUGAGAUAAAAGGAGCCGGGAAUUUAGUCCCAGGUUGGCGGAAAGACAUGGGUUUAGUUACUGAGGACGCCAAGGCGGACGACUGGUGGUCACAUUUAUCGAUCUCUACACCAGAAGUCGCUCGCAAAUAUCUCGAUCGGCCUUUGGACGGUAAUUGGAAGCUGCAUUCUGAAUGUGGAACAGCUCAAAGCAUGCUCCAUCGAAAGGAAUCCACCGGUGAUGAUGAAGGACUCCCACCGCUUUAUCUUUUCUUGGAUCCCACUCGCAGCGGCGAUCCUGUGGAUGAUUGCGCGGUGUUUUCGAUUGAUCAUUCUAAACUCGACUAUGGUGUGGUCCGACCGAUUGUGGCUACUCUGGAUGCCAGCUGGCGGCCGAAUUCGAAAAAGUCUGCCCACGUUCAAUGUAACGUCUCGAGCAAAUGGAUCGAAGCUCCGAAGUUGAGUCUCAGUGUGGCUAUGCACACGGAUGUCAAAGCUGAAGCCGAUACUACGGAUGGCGUAUACUACAUUCCGCCCAAUGGCGUCUCUGUCAAGCUCGACAAGGACGGUUGUGAGAAGGCGAAUGUUGUGAUGGCUUGCAAAGUUCCCUUGCCCAUUAACCAGUACGAUACAGUGUGGGGCAAUGGCCCUUGGAGGGAAAUUGAUGUUCCCCAUGAGGGUGAGAAGGCAUUCCAAGCAUUAGCAUGGAUCAUCGAGCGAAUACCGCCUCCUGAAUCGUUGUCCAAGUGGAGCUCGAUCAACGACCCCACGCAGUGUGCGACGAAUUGUCAAAGGUGUGCACCCUCUCCCCCCACCGUGCAAUGGCUUUUGAAGCAAACCAAUGUCAAGAGUACGUUCGUGCCACAUGAAGACAUAGUGGAAGCGGGUCGUUAUGAGCAGGCAUUGAAAACCCGACCGGCGCCUUUUGUUACUCAUCUUCGACUGAUCAACGGCUGUGGAGAGAUGAAAAUUGGUGUCAGCUUCGCUACUCUUGUUCAUCGAGCUGUUGCCCGAUUUCCCGUCUCAGCUCUUAGUGGAACCGUGAAUCCAUCUUGGAGGUUAACAUUCGGGCAUGAAUCUAGCGCCGCCUCACUUCUUCGCCCAAAGUUCAACUUCCAUCUUCGCAGUAACAAGAACGAUCCACCAGCCAAGCAGCCCGAACAAUUUGUCAUACCUCUUCGACCUGAGCAACUUCGAUCGUUGUCGUGGAUGUUAUCGCAAGAGAAGCUAGACGAAGGAGUCAAGCAUACGUUUGUUGAGGAGGAAAUCGCCGAAGCUGCUUUAUUGCCCCUUGGCUGGCGUGCUGAAGGUAAAGCAGAGCGACCUGUAUUAAUCAGAGGAGGCGUUCUCGCAGAUGAAGUUGGUUACGGCAAGACAGCAAUUACUAUCGGCUUAAUUUGUAGCACGUUGAACGAGAAGCCCCCAGAGAUCCCUAAGGCUCAGACGCAAGGUCAUAUCAGAUUGAAUGCCACGCUAAUUGUCGUUCCGGCUCAUCUUGCGGGUCAAUGGCCGACUGAGUUUUCAAAGUUUACUGGGAAACGCACUACCAAGGUCCACCGAAUCAUCAAUAUGACCGACUUGAAUUCAACACGUAUCAGUGACUUACAGGAAGCUGAUGUGGUUGUCGUAUCGGAAACUCUUUUUGGCAGUCAAAUUUAUUGGAACAACCUUUCCCACCUUGGUGGGACAAGAGACAUUAUCAAUGAGCCUACUGGCGGGAGAUUCUUCCAGUCAUGUCUAAGUGAGACAUUGGAAAGUUUGAAGAAACAUGUCGAGGUUCUGAUCGAUGAGGAUGGAGGUGCAGAAUCAAUGCAAGAAGCUAUUGCCGAAACUAAAGCAAAGUUGGAACGAGCCGAAACCGCUCGCCAACUGCAAACCAAACGAUUGAAAGGAGCAGCAUACGCCAAGAAGUACGCAUCUGAAGGAGCCAAGAAGGAAGACGGUGAUGAGUUAGAAGAUUCGGAUUCACCGCCACCGAAGAAGAAAAAGCUAAGCAAUGGGAAGGCAAAAGCUGAAAAAAUGCAUGGCGGUGACGUUUGGAAGUUGAAUAGUGAUGCCCAAGAGGACUGGACCAAGAUGCACUGCCCCCCACUACAUAUGUUUUACUGGCGACGUAGAGUAAUUGAUGAAUAUACUUACCUUGGAGGGCGAGAACGACUGGCCGUUGGAACGAUCAAGUCUUACAGUACCUGGGUUUUAUCUGGCACACCUCCUGUUGCUAACUUUACCGAGAUUAAAUCAAUCGCUCGAUUGCUUCACAUUCACUUGGGAAUCGAUGAUGAUGGCGAAGGGCCCAAGGAGAUUGUCAAGUCGAUCACAAAACACCAAACCGCAGCCGAACAAUUCCAUUCUUUCCGUGAAAUCAGAUCUGCUGCCUGGCAUAACCGGCGAGAUGAAGUCGCCCAAAGCUUUUUAGACCGAUUUGUCAGGCAGAAUGUUGCGGAGAUCGACGAAAUAGCAUAUGAAGAAACAUUGGAACCGAUCAUCCUGCCCUCAGCCGAACGGGCAAUCUACUUGGAACUUGAUCAUCAUCUCCAAUCUUUCGAUAUGAACAUCAAAAAAGUUUCACGGACUAAGAAGACAAACAGCGGUAUUGCCGAUCGAGAAAAGAGACUUGCAGCAGCGCUAGGAGAAAGCAAAUCAGCCGAGGAGGCUUUGUUAAAGCGUUGUUCACAUUUUACCUCUGACUUGGAUUCUCAAUCUGCAGCCCAUCGAGCAGCUAAUGCGGGGGCGGCUUGUACUAUUAUUCUCAAGGAGCGUACUUCACAACUAGAAGAAUGCUUGGCGGAGCUUCGAGUACGAUUGAAACAGGCAGCAAUUCUCUACAGUCAUACCAAGUCGGAGGGCUUAUAUGAAAAAGAUGAGCGUACUCCUCCAUUUGAAGAGUACGUCAGGAACUCGUUUGCGAACAUUGGCGACGAAGAAGCCAACGAACGAUUGCAGGCUAUCCUCACCGAGGAAGGCUGUCGUAUCAAAGAUAACAAGGUUCUGGCGCCCAAGGUUUCGCUGAACGAUCCGGACAUUGAAGAGGUUCUAAUCCAUCUGGAUCCGAAACUUGCAGCCGCUAAGGCGAAAGCCAAGAAAAAGGCGGGCGAAGAUGUGGAUGUGAAAGACGUUAAGAAACAGAGUAAAGACGAAAUGCUUGCUGCGCGCAAGUGGGCUGCACGGGAACUGAUCCAUCUGCUACGCAAGCUGAACCGAGAACUGGUCAAUCGGCUGAGAUCUAAGCGGUACUUCACCAUUGUGCGUGAUGUUCAACAGGGGCAUGUCCCCAUUACAAUCGACCACGAAGGCCAAUCAGAACCUUUGGGCAUUCUCUCAACCUGUGGGCACUCUGGACCACUCAGCCUCGUCAACAAAUGCGCGCGCGAUCAAGAAUGCUGGCAGAAGAAUAGCCGUGGUUGCGGUGCACCGGCACGUGACACCAGUGUGAUCAGGGCCGAUUCACUGGGGCAUGAUGAAGCAUCUGGCCGAUUUGGUAUCAAAUUGGAACGAAUGUGUCAUUUGAUCAAGCAACUCAAGGAGGACGAUCGAGUACUGGUGUUCGUACAGUUUAGUGACUUGCUAGACAAGGUAUACGACGCUUUGGAAGCUCGAGGGAUCGGUGUCGCGCGCGUCAAGGGAACCGCAUUGAACCAAAUGAAAGUGAUGAGCAACUUUCAAAAUGAGGUCGACCCUCACAUCCGAGUGCUCCUGCUGCAUGCUACCGAUUCCAGUGCAAGUGGUGCCAAUUUGACGAAUGCCAACUAUGCCUUCUUCGUCUCGCCGUUGUUUCUACCCACGGCCGACAAAUUCAAAGCUUGCGAGACUCAAGCGAUCGGACGGUUAAGACGAUAUGGACAAAUGAAAAAGGUCCAUGUGAUCAGAAUGUUGACGGUAGAUACGAUCGAUACUCAAAUCUAUGGCUUCAGACAUGACAAAUCUAAAGAAGUGCUAGCUGAGGAGAUCGAGUUGGCCAGAAAAAACCAGGCACCCUUCGUUGUCCCAGAGAAUUGAACCUCAUCACCCAUUUACCCUCCCUCCCAUUCCUGCUAUUACUACACGAAGCACGACCCUCAUGUGGGAUUUUCGGACGACUUGACAAAUAUAUAUUUCUCACUUUUUCAUCUCAGGUUGACCUCAUCUCAAAUCUUUCUCUGUUUCAUAUCUUACGUAGUUAUCUAUCAGGAGUCGUUCCUCAUCUUGUUCCUCGUUUAGCUCUGUCUCAACAAUUUCACUAUUUGUUUUGCUCGGAAUGCUUGAAUCAACGUUCAUGAUAGAGAAAACCAUUAUGGUUCUCGUCCGCAGUCCCGAAUGGAUAAUAUGAGCUUAUGAAGUGCGUUGAUAUAAGCCCCCUGAGUCAGGCCAACGGCCACAGUCGAACUUGGUCA